GGGAGGAGUGAGCUUAAUGUCUGAUAUAUGUUUUUCUAUUUUUAUUAGUUUUUUGCCUAAAAAGAAAGAGACAGGAACAGAACAUUCACUCCAUAAAGACACAAAGACAUUCAAAAGAAAUCCAGUUAUCUUUUCUCCCCAUCAUCCCUAUAUAUAUAUGUACAUGAAAAAAUUAAAAAGAAAAAGACUAAUUAAGUUGCAUAUGUUGCUCUUUUCUCCUCUUUUAAUCUUUCCAAAUCCAACUGUUCUUAUGCUCACUUUAUGCUAUUUUUUUUUCUACUCACAAUAAAAGUUGUUCAGGAUGCAUCUUCUCUUAUCAUCUCUUUACCCUUUCUGGGUCGCCAAAAUCUUGUGGAAGAAAGAACAAAAGUCCAUCAAAUAAUCAAUUUGGUGACUAGAUCGUCUACUUUUGCCACUUGGGUAAAAAGUUAAUUAUGGAAUUUGGUUUCCCAAAAUACCAGUGGGGUACAUCAGUUCAUUCGAUCUCACAAGUUUUUGCAUCCAUCUGUUUAAAAGGUACCACUUGUGUCACUUGUCAGUUAUUAAGAAAAGGUAGUAAGGGAGCAGAUAUUUGUAUUUUAUUUUUGUUUCUAAUUAUGUAAAUGACAAAACCCCCAGAGAGAUUACUUGCCCCAACUAUGAUACACUAGUUCAAGCAAAUAUAGUCUAGAUGGAGAUUUUGUCUACGAUUCUGAUUGCCACGUAGCUUUGUGUUCUCCAUUUGAAUUUUUGCCUGUGCGUGUAUAUUUUUACCAUGAAUUUGUGUUGUAGCAAACAUUCCAGAAUGCUUAUCAUUUUCAAAUUAAUGCUCCAACAAAAGAAAAAAAUCAGAUGUGAGCUGUAUAUGCAAAAUGUAGUAAACAAUUUUAUCUUUUAUAUAUGCCGUACAUUUAUAUCUUUAUGCUAAUAUCCUGGGAUGAUAAACCUAAGAUAAUGUUUUCCUUCUAAAAGUUCUCCUCUUAAUGCAUUUAUAUGUUGAUUGUCACUUAGAAAUCUUUUUAAGGUACAUAAUAGACACAAAACUAAACAAGGGGAGCAAUUCUCAAGCUCUACAAAAAUCCUUAAAUAUAUAUUAUGUAUAGUUCCUAACUACACAUAACUGUUUUGCUAAGUGGAAAACAGCUACAACAGUUGUUUCAAGGAUCAGAAACUCUUUUCUUUUUUUCUUUUCUAUUAACUGAAAAUAAAACCUAUUCAUAUCCCUGAGGAGGGAAAAUGUAGGGGAAAAUAUAGAUAUAUACAUUUUCCAUAAUUAUAGAAUGCAUUUAUGUAACUGCUUCUUAAGGCUGUAAUAAGUAUCAGGGCAGAGUGUGAUGCUUCAUCAAAAAACCCUCCUGGCUGGUAGGUGUGAGUGCCUUAUGUUUGAAGUAACUUGAUAACGAGUCUUUUCGGGAAACCUUACUAUGUAUGUGUUGCUUCAGUAAUGAUCCUCAGAGAAAAAACAAGUACUAGGUGGCCAGUGUUAGCACUUGAACUCGCUGAAAGAUAUUAGAACUAGGGGAACUUUUGGCAAAUCCAGAAUUUUCCAGGGUAACUCACUUCUUACAGUUACAUGUUUUCUUUAGGAAAAUUCUUGAAUUGCUUUCAGACUUUUCUGUAUUUUUGUAGAAUUUUUUAAUGCUUCUAAUAGUGCUUAAGGAGAAAAAUACUUUUAAAAAGAAUGUCAUCCAAAUAAGAGAAACCCGGUCUUUAAAAAGUUUUAUAUUGAAGGCAAGAGUUGUUUUUUGUUUUUUUCCUUUUUGCUUGUGUUUUAUUUUUCCCCCUGGAUUCUUUUGUUGCUAUGGGCUGUUGUCCCUGCAUUUUUUAUUUUUCAUUUGGUCCCCCUCCUUUUUUUCUUUUUUCUUUUUGGUCUGUUUUUGAUGUGGCCAAGGGGGUCUUUGAAAAGGGCAGAGGGACUAGGAUAAGAGGCUGUUACUGAAAGCUGCACUAGCUCUUCUUGAUCCCAACUCAGGCAGCUCCUAUCAGCUAGUUGUGCCGCCAAGAGUACAGUGACAGGUGAUAGCUGUCAUUCUGGGAUUCUUCGUGGAUCUGACCUGAGAGUAACACAUUCACAGUUGAGGAGAAAAGGGAAAAAAAAUAGAGGAGGAGGAAAGAAAAGCUCUUUGAGCUGGAAUACACUGGCCCUUUCUUCCUGUAGGCAAUCCGCUCCAGUUCUUGGCGACGUGUCCUGCACUAUCAGAUAUCAUAUGACUUUUUAUUUAGAUUCCUUUUCGGAGAAUGGCCUGUUAGGACUCUGUUUGUUUUCUUUUAUUGAAUUUCCUUCUCCCCUCACCCACUAGUUUUGUGUAUCUGUGUGUGUCAGAGCAUGUGUGCACGCAUGCAUAUGUGUGUGCAAUUUUUAUCUUUGUUUUUGUUCUGUUGAUCUGAUGCUUUAUUUAAAGACAAAGCUUUAAUUAUUUCAGUAUACUGGUUUAACUAUUUGCCAUAAAGAAACCUCAUUCUAGGCUUUUUGGGGGGUCCAUUUUUAAACACGUCCAUUAACACAUGAGGCUGGAGAUCCUAAAUGCUUGCUGGUCUGCCUUUGGCCCAUUCCCUCACCUUAAUUUAACCCUCCCCUUCAUCAGCAUGCACAGCAGCAUAAGUUAGGAAACACCUGUGCUGAGUUCAGAGCGAAAUAAAAGUAGAAGCAACUUCUUCAAAUUUGCACUGCUAGUUUCACUUUAAUAAACUUUUUUUUAAUCGUUGAUUUUUUUUUUAUUAUUAUUUUUUGGCACCCUCUGUUGAGCUUGAAAGCAUCAGAGAUAGUGAACGAUGUGUCUGUGGAGCUUUUGUGAGGCCAGCUGAGCACCCUUGGAAAGUAGAGCAGGAGCUGAAAUUCAUUCAGAGACUUAAGAAUUAAGUAAGAGAUUUAAAUAAGAUCUGUGAGAUCUACGAGCUGUUCAGGGUUUGGUGAUAGAUGGUAAAUGGAAUGCUUAGGGAUAUUCAGGGAGGAGAAAGAAAUUUCCAACCAGGAAUGAAACAGGCAUUUCUACUGCCAUUCAUACUUUAAAAACCUUAUUUAAUCAAAUUUUUAUUUUAUAUAUCUCAAAAUUUUAAAGGUGUGAUUGCCUUAUUCUCCAUGCUUACUAUGAAAAACAGAUGAAUUGUGUUGAUAUUAUUACUGAGUUUCUCCUAAAUUUUUGUUGUAUUUCUUUUUCAGUUUUAAAGAGUUUUGAUUUUAGUUAGCAAAAGAAAAAUAAAACUUCUCCAAGUAUGCAUAUGGUUGUAUACACAUUAUUCUUAUCUAUACAUAAUAUAUCCUGUUUGUAUCAGGAUAUAUUUUUGUAUAGUUACAUGCAGGAUUGCCUUGAGGGUUCAGAUGACCAUUAUAUUCUUUAAACCCAUAGUUUUUAGUUUCUUGUUACCUUCUGUAAAAUUAUUUUUUACAGACCUUAAAUUUGUAAUGCUUUAUCAUAGCCAGAGGUGAAUUUUGUUGAAACUUGGAGAAAAAUUUAUUCCACCCCUUUAAGCGUACCCAAAAGGGAAGAGAGAACUAUUUUUCGUUCAACAAAAAAUUUUAAAAGCCUUUUUUCCUUCAGCGGAAAACUCCAAAACAGCUUUGUCUCAGAAUGUUAAACUUGGCAUGGAUAAAAAAUGUGAGUUUUGCUUUGUUUGAGGAAAUUUGUUUUUGAAACAACAAUGUUAUAAAUAUUUUUAAAUUGCCUGCUGAGCAUGCGCUGUAUCUGACUUUAUUCAUAGUUUUAAACACACACCAAAGUGCAGUCUUCUGAAUGGCCACAGGUAAGGCUGUUGAUUUGUAUGAUCUUUCGCAGAGGCACCUUCUGUGAGUCUACUCAGUUUUCCAGAAGGGAAAAAAGCAAGAGCUGAGUUUAGACCUGGACACCUUUCUAAAUAUCAUAGAGCAAAAGUAAAUUGUCCCAUUAAGGCUUGCACAUUAUACUUAGGGUAAGUACUGUUCAACUUUCCUUUUUUAUAGGAGUUGCCUGCCUUUAACUUUUCAGCUUAAUAGUAGCAGAGUAAAUUAAGAAAAAAAAAAUUAACUCAAUGAGGUAUUUCACUGAAAUAGAAAAUUUGCAGAUUUUAAAGGGUAUCUAUUGUGUGUAAAUUUUGGGAUACGAGAAUUUGCCAGUGAAAUGAUAGCAGCUCUGUGCUUACAGAGCAAAGAUGUGCUAGUCUGAACAUGCCUGUUCUCAUCUGGAAUCGAAAGCUAAAUCUAGGUGGGCCUGUAAUAAGACCAGAAAAGGAACACAUGUAUCUUUUGUGCAACCUUUUUUUUUUUUUUUUUUAAGCUAGGUUUCCAAAGGGAAUGACAAAGAAGCAGGUUCUCCUCUUGCUUAAUAAGUAGUCAUGCUUAGGCUCUGGAGAUAUGUAUUUCCAGUUGUUUUAGUUGUUUUGUUUUGUUUUGUUUUGUUGUUGUCAUCACUAUCGAAGAUUAUUUUUUUCCUGUCAGUGAUUAUUAACACUUUCCAUUUUUCAGAAUGCUUAUCUCCAUUAACUCUAUUUGAUGUUUCCUCACUUGGUUACCUUUCUCAAGUCUGCGAUGACCCUCUCAGGCUUUGCAAUUCUUAUCGAUUCUUACCAGAAUAUCCUUACUCAUUAGCUGUUUUGUUAUAGUUAUGGUGGAGAUAAUCUUGUUUUCAGGCCUUUAUAACUCUCCAAACAAAUUACCUUUUGAGGUGAAAUUUCUCAUAGUUAUCUUUGACACAGAACUGAACUUGUCUUGAAAAGGCUUGAAGAAAAUCCAAUUAGCCGUUUUUUGAGAACUGAAUAUUCUAUAAAUGCAAAUGAAUUAUUUUACAAAAUACUUAUUGAUGUGCAAUGCUUUUCUAAUCUGUUUUUCUUUUCGUGCCUUAAAACAGAACCUGAGAAUUAAAUGUGUUAAAAAGAAAGAAAGAAAUCUGCCAGGUUAAUGCUGAUAUUUUAAAUACCCAAUUUAAAAUAAUUCAAAGUUUGAAUUUGUUUGCAACAUAUCACCUUUCAAUAUCAGUCAGUAAUACCUAAUACCUGUGUAGGUGUGUAUACACACACACACACACACACACACACACACACAGGGAAACAUGAAUCCACUUUACACUUACAUUAAUUCUACUCUAACCUUCAAGAGAAAAAAUUAGCCGUACUGUAAAACUUUUGUUAAUUCAUUAUAUUUUAUUUUUCUGUAAUAAAAAAUUCACUUAACUAUUGCUUUCAUCCAAUUAUAUGUACAUAUAUAUACUUAACACCUAUUUAUAUUCAAAUAAUUUAUCUUAAUUGAUAAAAUAUUUUUGUAAGUCUUAUACACUGCUGAAUUUUAUGCAGCUAUGUGAACGUUUAAGUUUUUUUCUGAUAAUUUGCUUUGUUCCGAAUCUGUUAGUGUGUUAGAAGUUUUUCCUUUCCCAAUCUAGAAAGAGUAUGUCCAUCUCUUCCUGUAUAUGAAAUCUGUACGUCUUCAGUAUUCUGAAGAUACUUUUUAACCUGCAAUCUCUUGGAAAGCUUUCAAACAAGUGGUAGAAGUAAUCUUUACUUUGCUUCUCCUUGAUCCAUCCAUUUGCCUUCACGGUACCAUCCAUCACCACCAGCAACCCUGAAAAAAACAUCAAUAAUAAAUAUGAUAUGAUAAUUUUUCUGAUCACAGAAUCAGGAAAUACCAAGGAAAAUUGUGGCAUAUGUAGGAAAAUGCUAAGAGCUUCUCCAGUAAGAUCCGCUGUUUUUAUACAUUUUUUUUCCUCUUGAAUUUUGUUUGUGACUUUUUUGGCUUGCUGAAGCACAUCGCCAUAAUCUUACGAAGCCACAGCAAAUUCCCAAUGCCACAACAAUACUGUGCAGCCAAGGAGAGGCCAGAAGAGCUGAUCCUGGGUGGCUUCAGGCUUCCUAGCAAUGGUGCAAGGCAGGAGGAGUAAGUAGGCUACUCUUCUUUUCACUUCUUACCUAGGCUGCCCAACCUGCCAGGCAGAGAUUUUCUUUCUGUAGCUUUCUCUUCAACUGUCUGAGGCAUUUCCUUAAACAAUCAAUGACUUUCUACUUCUAAGAGAUGGUUCGUAUAGCAAAGCAUCCAUUUUUAUUUUAUAUUGCAACAUGGAAAACUUUGAAAAUUUGAAAGGGGCUCAGGGUAUCUGAGAAAUAUCAAAAAUGGCAUUAGGCUCAAAGCUGUUUCUUGUGGUUGCUCAGGUCUGUAACUUUUCUGUUCUCUCCACAAUCUCUAAGUGGUUGAAAGUAGUGAAUGGGAUAACUAUAGGGUACACACUAUGAUCUAACUGAUUCAGUAGAUGGAGCUCUUCUCCUUAAGUCUGUAUUUAAAUUAACGUCCCACUCUAGUUUGUGGGGCUCUCUCUUUUAAGGUGUAUCAUGCUACACACAUAAAAUUGAGCCCUGCAUAGCCAGAGAAGAGAUUUCCUGGCAGUUUUCGAAAUAGCAUUCGUUGUGAAAUGCAAAACAGUGCAGGGGAGCACUAGGGUGGAGUGGAAAGGGAAAUGGAGUUUACCUAUCUAAAUUUUUCCCUGUGUUUGUUGAUAUUCUUAAGUGUGAAGUUAAAUCCUGGAAGUUAUUGUAGAAUACACUCAUUCAUUAGCUGUUUUGCAAAUGUAGAAAAAUAUAUUGCACAUGCAGGAUUUUGGCGUUAUUCAUUGCAAAUCUUCCAAGCUAUCUGAACUGUGCAGAUCUCCUUUCAUUUGACUCUGCAAAAGAAUCUUAAUACUGUAAUGCAGUUUUUUCAUCUAAUUAGCCUAGAGAACCUGAAUAAAAUGUUACAAGUUCUGAAUUGUGAAAGCACAGUGUAGGGGAAAGCAGGUGUGUUAGUAAGGGGCCUUUGUGGAAGCCAAAUAUUUUCAGCAAUAACUGAAAAUAGAUUUCCAAUAUCUAUUUUAAUGAGGGAAAAUAUUCUUGUUUAUUUCUUUUUAAAUUAAUUGAAAUGAAUAAUUGCCACAAAAUUUUUGUCAGUGUUACACUGUUUUCAGUACGAAUAGAGUAAGUUUGAUCAUGUCUCUUCCUGGUACCAAGUGGAGAAAUAUAUGUACACUGUAUUUAAUAAAUUAUCUUCCUUAGUGGAAUGUCUUCUCACAGAUUGGAGAUAUUACAGAAUAUCUCUUGUUAAAUCUUGAUAAGAUCAUUUGGCCAAAGUAGAACUGGUCUUGGCUUUAGUACCAAAAGAAAUAGCGUUUUUAAAAGACUUGGAUUUCCUUUGCAUACCACGUGUCUGAGUUUGAUACGGUCCAGGAAAAUAGAGAGGAUGAGACGAAAUUAUUCCUAAGCAGCCGCCGUAGGCCAAACACUGAAACAGUGCCAACCUGGACCAAUCAGGCCGGCUUCUCAGAAGAUACAUGCUUUUGUCAAACACUUACAUGAAGAAAGAGAGAGAGGAAGUUCGUGAAACUGUGUUCAUGUGAAUAUUCUUCACUAAUUUCAAUAAAGUCCAUGGUAAUAAAUUCAGUGAUUUUUAUUCUUUUGUAAAGCAGAAUAUCUGAGUUUUCCUGGGCAGUUAAGGAUCUCUAAAUGUGGUACUAUGACAUCUUUUGAACAAAACUAUCCUUUCGAAUUUAAGCAAGUGAAAAACUUCUCACAGAGAGCAAAGAGUAAAAUUGAUGGAAACUCAGAAUCAAUUCCAAACCCAUUUCUGGCAUGAUGAGAAUAACAUUUGUGCUGUGUUUAAAGUAGUUUAAAACAAGAAAAUGAUAAAAUGAUCAAUAUACUUAAAGCCAAAAAUAACCAGGGGAGAACAAUCUGUAAUCCAUUCCCAGUCCUGAAACCCUGCACUAUUUAUUGAACAUGAAAAUAAACAACUGUAUCUUUUAUAAGGUGGCACUGUAAGCCUUAUAACAUAUAAACAGCAAUGAAGAGAUACCAAGCUUUCAACCCUUUAUUUAAGCUAUGUUUUUAGAAUUUAGCCAGAUAAAAAUUCCUGGACUUAAACUAUCGUACAUUUAUUUAUUUGUACAUACCAUGACCAUAAAAAGAACAAAAGUUAAGGAAUAUAUAGAUUGUCACAGUGAACUACGUUGCCACUUUACAGUUUAUGUACUCUGUUUAUUUUAAAAAGAAAAAAAGAUUUUAACUACAGCAAAUGAAUAUUUUAGGUUAGAAAUUCAGUUAAUUGCUCAAUGUGGAACACAUUUAAUAUUUCUUUAAAAAUGCCUUGACUCUUGACUAAUUUAUUAAAUUCAACACAUACAUAAAUAUAAACCAUACAUAUUUUAUACUUAUUAUUUUAAUGGAUUGCUUUAAAAGAGUAACUUGACACUAAUAAAUUUUGAACCUGUGGAUUCAAGGUCAGUGAAAUGUUGCUGUCCAAGUUUACAAAAAUCUCUCUAGACUUAAGAUUUUGCCCAAUAAAUUAUUUUCUUACCAAUUUUUCAGAGUAACUUGACUAGGUAUGUAUUUAUUGAUCAGAUAAAAUAAAAUUAUCCAUCUAAAUUUUUUAAAUUCUAGCUGAAGAAAUUAAAAUGACAACAGAUUGCAUAGGCACACAAUUUCAUUGAACUGAGGUGCUGUAGGAAUGAUGAUAAUUCUAAUGAGCACUGUGACAAAUGCAACUACAAUGAAGCAUGUUUGAUUACAUCAGUAAAAGUGAACUCAGUGGGCAAGGUCAGAAGGGUGAGACAUAGAAGCCAUGACAGAGUGGGGGCUAAUGGUUAAAGUUAUGAAAGAUAUUUAAAGCCUAUAGCUGGGUACAAAAUUAACAGAUAUGGAAAAGAAGAGUCAAUCAAUUCUAAAAAUAGACAGUACUUUUUCCUAUAGGAUAUAAUUAACUGUAGGAUUUACUGUUGCAGGGAUUUAUAACAUCAUAAGCUUUGGUUGUCCAGUGUGAUAGUAGUUGUAAAGAGCUGUUAUGCACAUCUGCUUAAAGAUUUAUAUAAGUGUAAUUGUUAUAGCGACUUGUUAUGCUAUUGUUUGAAGUUGAAAAGCUCUGCUUUAAGUGUCGACAAAGCAAAUGUCAGCAUCAUAGAAUCAUAAUCACUAUAUCUUGGAGCUGAAGGAGUUUUAGAUAUCUCAAUAUGUGUGAACAGGCUAACCAACUCUCCAGAAAGGAAUAUUGGAAUAUCUCGUCAAGGACUAUGCAGAAUUUGAAAAUACAUAUAUAUUACAAUGGUUUAUGUUUGGAAAAUAAAAUUUAACGAAAAGUUUAACAAAAUAGAGAACAUAAAGCUCUAUAAAAUUAUCUGGACUAAUGGUACUGUAUAUUGCAUUCUCUGAACCAGAUAUUUUAAAUAUGGAAGAGCAGCAGGUUCUACAUUAAAACAAGGUUUUAUUUUUAUGAAAAGAAUUGGUGAGGGGGGGUGUCCAAUAGAUUAAGAAACGAUAUUCAGGCUUAAAUUACUCAUUUUCCCAUUAAGAAAACUUAAACACAGUGAAGAGAUCAAAUGUAUUAAGAUGAGCAAGGCAAAACUGAGACCAGAUCUCAAGUUUUUAACUCACAUUUUCUUGCUUUACUCCUUUGCCAAAAGGCUGACCACUAAAACUAACGUAUAAAAAUAAAAAGUAGAUGAUAUCCCACUUUGAAGAAGUGAAAGAAACCAGACUCUCAGGGUUCCUAUUUCUAUGCCAGUAACCUCACCUCAGAUGUGGCAGAGACAAAUAUAUGUGAUGAGGAUAAGGCAUUCUGAGGAGUGAAAGAAAAUGCACCCAGAUGCAUGUACUCCCUAGAGACUCUGGAAUUAACAUUGCUGCCCAGACCUCCAUAGCCUUGUAUCUCACUUUUUUCUCUCCCUCGAUCCCCACCAAAAAAUAAAUAAGAAGAAAAGAAAACUUUUGAGAAAUUGUAGUCAGAAGAUCUUUUGGAAAGAAGUAUUUCUUCCUAGAAAUCUUUCUAUACAGAUUGGUAUGUUUUACUGUCUCAUCAAAAUAUGAGUUCUAAUUGGACAUUGAUGAUUCAACAGGUUUAUGAACAUUACAAACUGGGCUAAUCCUUGUUUCCUAAGCAUACACCACAUUUUCUCAUCCAUGUUCCUUUUCCCCUAGUAUUCCCAAAUAGAAGCACAUUCUGCCUCCUUUAUUUCUGCAAUACUUUGUAUCUUUUAAUGACCCUUGUCAUAUUCCAUUUUAUAUGUUAGCCAUUUAUGUAUUUAUUUGUAAUGUAAGGAGCAGGUCUACAUACUUUUGGGCAAUGUACUUAAUUUUACUAGGUCUCACUUUCCACAACUGUAAGGAGAUACAUGAUAUCUGAGAUAUUGUAAGAAUUUCAUGAAGUGUAGUGUAUGUAUAAAGUGCUUAGCACAAUGACUAGCACCAGGUUAUCACUCAUCAUUGUUGUUAUUGUUACUGCUAUUACUUAUUAAUGUUCCUGUGCCUCUGGUUCUUUCCCAUUUAUAUGCUUCUUGAGGUCUUAGAUUGACCUGAUUCAUUAUCUCCUCAUGCAAUGAACACAAUGAUUUUUACGUAACAGAAACCUAAUAAAAAUACAUUGAAUCUUUUUAUAAAAGUCCAUAUUGGACCUAUUAUUUCCCUAAAAAGAUCCUUAAAUUCCGUCCUGGAGGUUUGAAAUAGUGGUGGUCAUGGCCAGUCCCUGACCCAUGUACAUUGUAAAAUACAACAGUGUUGCGUGCUGUGGACUGUCAGAGCCACGUGAUUUUUCAGGUUCCCCACAGAUCCCCAACUGCUUAAGACUGCUCUUUGCAGCAUCCCCAGGAGUGUCAGCUUGUAUUUCUGGUUCAUGUGAUUAAUGAGCUUGUUAUACCUCUGUCUGUAGCCUAAACUAGAAACUUUCACUUUGGAGAGUGGGUCAAGAUAUCGAAUUUAAUUUUGGUUGCAUCUGUUAUAAGCCAAUUGUGUAUUCAUUACAUUUAUAGAUUCCCUCUUCAGCCAUAUAUUUUCAUGGCUGUUGAGAGCACCUGAAUCUGUGUUGAAUGUCCUUAGAUUUUACUUUGGAGACCUGAAAAUGAGACAGUGAGAUCUUUUUGAUAGCUAGCUGUCAUCCUUGGCAUUUUCUUCCCUUUAGCAUCUAAUCUGGUCUAAAUUUGAAGAAGGGGGCAAUUACAGCAUUUUUAUCUAGCUUGAAUAUGGCAUGGUAAUACUAUAUUAAUGAGGUCAAUGGUAAGUGCAGUUCAUCUACACAUUUGUUUUUCCAGACAUGCAAACACAUUCUGUGGAAAUAGAAAAUGUCUAAAAAAUGGAAAUGACAGAAUAACUUGAGACAUGUAAGGGUAGAGAUAUAGCAUUACAUGUAUGGAUUUAGCUGUUUAGCAGAACAACAUACAAAGUAGACUCUGAGUGUGUAUGGAUCUUGCCAGUCCUUCAAGGUUUCAAUGAAUAGCAAGAAAACGAAAAGAGGUAGAUCACGUGAACAUGGCAGAGGGGAGACUGACAGCAGGGUGUGCUCAAGUCAGGAGGAAUGUUGCAUUUUAAUAAGCCAGAAGUUUCAUUUCUUUGAGAAUGAGCUGGUAUUUGUGAGGGGAACAAGGUCACAUUAGUAGAACUGGUAAUUCAAUAAAGGUUUUGACUUUGCCAGAGUAAUGGUGUUGGCAUCAAGAGAAGAAAGUUUUGCAGAUUUCUGUGUGUGCACUUGCUGUUACUGGUGUUCCUGGUGGGUGGCUGAAUCAUCCUGAUGGCAUUCAACAGGAACCAGCUGCCGAGAAUAUUAAAAUGCAAGCAUUUAUUCCUCUAGAGAGACAGUAGCAUCUGCAAAGUUUUCCUAUCUUGAUAGUACAGAUAAUCCCAGGGAGCAUUCUCUAGUAGUUUUCACUCUCUAUUCAUUUAUACAUUUUCUUUUUAUCAUUAGCAUUAGUAUCUCAAGUUCUAAAUGAAGAGCAGAGUGCCUGAGUUCUGAGGCCACAACAGGCUGUAGAGACAGAUAGUUAACACUUGGCUAAGAACUUGGUAUUGCCUCUUGAGCUUUACCUUGUAUUGUUAUCUCAAAGAGGGAAACUGACAUUUCUCUCCCUUGGCCUGUCUUCACAGCAAAGAGUCAUCCAUACUCCUAGUCUUCAGCGAGCCCCAUCAGUGUAAAUCCUGCCCCCAGCAACCCCCACAAAACACAGCUUUGGAGCUUUUCACUUUACUUAUAAAAUUUGUAAAUGUGUUGCUUUCCUUGUAUGUUUUUUAUUUGUUUGUUUGCUUUAUUUUGUUUUGUUGUUGGUGUUCUUUUUUGUUUUGGUUUUGGUUUGGAUUUUUUGAGCUACCAUCAACAGUUAGGGGAAAGGGAGUUACAUAAAGAAGAUUUGGACUCAGUAAUCUACCAGGUCUCUCCGUCUCUAAUAUUUAUGAAUAAUGUAUUGAACUGAUGGAAAAAAUGUUGAAUAUGUUCAUUAUGAGUUAUAUUCACCAGUGUGUUGCCUAGAAUAUAAAAGAGCAAAGCAGUUGCUGCGUAGCUGGUUCCUUACAAUAAAUGUAGUGGUACAACAGAGCUCUGUAUCCCUUCCCAUUCCACCGCGCAUCGUCCCCAAACACACGCUUUACAUGUCUGAGUGGCACCUGCAGACGGGGAGCCUGAUGGGAUGACAGCCAGCCAAGGUUCUGAUGGGUACAGGGACAUUCAUAGUGCAGUGGGUCUUAAACAGAAUCAGCAUUGAUGAAAGUUUUGAUAGUGCAGUUUCCUUUAGGAGAAAUCACCGAAGCCAGUGUCACGUAGCAAACAUUACUCAAGUGCUAUCCUGCUGCAGGGGUUACAGCUCCUAUCAGAAGAAAUGAAACUUAGAAUUUUGCACCUGAUUUUUAAAAAAACAGCAUGAAUAACUAAUUUGUCGGCAAUGUUACAUUUUGACAUAAGUGAGCCAGAGUGGCAGAAAAUUCAGAACUAUUUAUUACAUUUAGCUUCAGAAUUCAUUAUAUGCUUGUCUCUGUUGGUUCUUCUUCAUAAUUAUGUUUUGUUUAAAAUUUAUUUAAAUAGAAUUGUAUUUUCUAAGAAUUUACCAGAUAACAUUGGGAAACAGUAACCAAAAGCAUGACAAGAGGCGACAAAUCUUUUUAGUCACACAAAUAAUCAAAAAAAGAGAUAAUAAAGAGUUAAAAUAAUAGCAAAAUAGUUUUUCUCUAGCCAAAAAACAGUGAGGCCCAUUAUUUAUCAAACAUGUCACCAUAAGUGAUAUGUAAAUAUAUGCCAAAAUAGAGAAAGACCAUCUAAGGUCAGGGACUCAGAGAGGACAGCUCUAAUGUAGAGAAUAGUUCCAACUUAAAGCAGUUCAACAGGAAGGUGCACAGAAAGCUCUGGCUUUUGUCUGAAAUCCAAGAAGAAUAGCAGGUUGUUGAUGAGCAGGUUCUGCCCCCAAAAAGCCCUUCCUUCCCGUGGUAUCACUUCAGAGCCUUUGGACUAGCUCUUGUGAGAGAAGGGUCCAAGACAUCACUCGUACCAUUAUCAACUUCAUAGUGACAUUAAUUCAAGUAAACUGUCCCAGCAUUAUCUAUCCUUUUGCCUUUCAGAAAUGAGUGGGUUUUUCCCCCUCUUUGCUCUCUGUAGGAGCUGAAACCCAUCAAAGCCCAUGAAGAACGAGUGUGAAUUUAGAGCAACCGCACUUAUCAAUAGUUUAUAGUAAUCUCAGAGAAGCAGAGAGAAGAAGCAAAUAAGAGGGAAUGAGAGAAACAGUGAAUUUUUUCUUCAGGAAAAUUACAUUACCCAUUAUUUAGAUCAAGGCUCUCAAAAACAAUAAAGGAUACCCAAUUCCAAAGCGGUACAAUGUAAGAGCAGAUGUGGCAGGAUUUUUUCCCCAGCACCACCCUUCCUUACAGGACAAAUAGCUUAACCUAUCUGUGUAAUAGUGUAUUUGUCAAAUAAAUAGAAAACCAUCUAUCCUCAUCUACUUCACAGCAGUAUUGCUAAGGCUGAUUGUGCACACAUAUAUUAAUGUAUAUAUUAUAGCUAUCUAUUUACAGCAGGGGAGAAUGAUUUUAAAAUAAAUGAAUUAGAGUUUUAUGUGUGCAUCUGUUGUGAAGGUCAGUCACUUUAAAAAAAAAAAAAAGUAAGACCUUCUUUGCUAAUUACCAUUUGUUAAAACACUUGAAAAUGAUGACUGAGCCUAUGUCACCUCUGAAAUGGAAGGCUUUUGAAUUCCAAGCAUGAUUGUAGAGAUUCAAACACAUUUCCAUCUACUUAUGGACCCUAAUGGCCUUAUUCAGAGCAGUACAAACCUAUUAAGCCAAAUAAAACAUUCACUUUGCCAAUAGAUAUCUUUUUUAAAAUCCUAAAUCAAGAAUAUAGCAAUUGGUCUAGUGUCAAAGUAUAAUUCUGGCUGUAGGAGUAAACUGUUCUCUAUAUUAGAUAUUUUUCUUUAAUGAGACAAAGAUAUAUAAAGAAUAAGCUUCAAUCUGUACAAACAUCCUAAGCAUCUGCCCAAGCUACUGAUCUGUCCCCUCGAGAAGUAGGCUAAGUGUAUCUAAAGUCCCUAAGAUCAUUGGAAAAGAGGCCACAUUAAUUUCACUUUGGACUGCUGUUAUUCUUUUGAUGUUGGUCUGAGCCCCUUAAAGCCCUUUCUUCAUGCAGACCUCAGUGGAAUGAUAAUGUCAUGAACAGGGCAGGUGAAGAUAAAUAAGUGUGAUUUUUUAGACAUGAUGUUACCCUCUAAUAGCUUUUCCCCAGGCCCAUUCCAAGCAUCCAGGAAAGAGAGACUUUGCUUCCAUGGGGAGUGAAGUCAUAGCUUCAACUUAGCAUAAUAAGAAAAGGAGCAAGCAUACUGUAAGUGAAAUCAGUGAGUUUCUGCUGGGCUAUGACCAGAUUCUCCUGUUUCCUCUAUUUUUUUCUCAAACUGAAAAGAGUUAUUGUGGUAAUUCACCUGCACUUCUGAACCUGUGUGCAUAUCCCCAAGACUUACUCAAGGUAAAGCCAGAAAGACAUUAAGAGCAGACUUUCAUCCAGGGGACUCCGCUUCUCUUUAGUGACUUCUGCUUGUUUGGUUGUUGUUUUUAAAUAAAUUUGUGUUUUUAGAAAAUAUGUUUCAAUUCCCAGACAUUGAUAUCCUGGGCAUCCUAAGGUUGUGACAGAAGCACGGAUUAGUGACUGUGACAAAUGUCGCAGAAGCCAGUGCAGUUGCAAUCUAUCAAAUAUGUUGGCAGACCCCAGAAUUUUCUGAUCCUUGUUGCAGAAUUCAGUUGUGUCCUUACCGUAGGGAGACAGGGUUAACUGAGAGUUUUGAGAGUCGUGGUACAUGCUUUUCCAUUUGGGUCUUGGUAGGUCUGGGACUGGAAUACCUUGGUAAAAACAAUAACUAGAACGAGGGCCAGCUUCAUGGGUGUACAACCUGUGCAGUUGCACAAGGUCAUAUGUUUGGACGGACCCUAUGCCUGGCUUAAUGUACUGUUGCUGUCCUGAAAUUCUUAACAAUUUUUGAAUAAAAAGCCCUACAUUUUUUUAUUUUGCUGUGAGCUCCACAAGUUAUAGAGCUGGUCUUGCCUAGAAUUUAUCUUUCCCUAGCAUACCAAAUUGAAGGUAUCGGUCAUGUCUCCUCUUACUGAAAAUGAUCCCUUUUUCAAUUCCUCAAAAGUUAAUUCCUCCAUUAAACUCUUUGAAGAUUUCUGUCCACAAAAUGUGAUGUGGUUCAGAAGAACUCAUCUCUCCUUCUUUCCUCCAAGCCCCUUGAGACGAUUAUGAUUAAGGUGAUCUUGUUUUUUAAUCAGAAACUCUAUAACUGUCUCAGCCAAGUUUUUUUUGUUUUUUUUUUGGUUUUGUUUUUUUGGCAAGAACUGAAUACUUAGGAGAAAUAGUUGUAUCAUAAUGGUGAGUUGUAUCAUUUGUUUUGGUUACUACAAAUAGUUGUAUCAAAACUUUGAGUAUCAAAAUUUUCACCUUUAUUGGAUCAUUAAAAUAGGCUUCAGUCAUUAAAUUGAGAUUAUAAAGUGAGCACCUAACAUUAAGAUUAUCUUAGCCUAGGUACCUCCCAAUCAUCAUGUGAUCCAACGCAUCUGUGUAUGCUAAAAACAAGCUGAUCUCUCAGCCCUGGCCCUGCGUCUCUCAGACCCCCACCAUUGCCACUGCUUACUCUGUCUUUUAUGGCCUUCCCCUCAUCUUCCCUUCUGAAUUCACCUCAGAUCAGCACUUUUAUUCUUCUUACUCAACACACAACUGGCAUUAGCAGGAGGCAGUUCCUCUCUUCAGUUUACAUAUAGCAUCUAUGGAGAAUAUUAUUGUGGAGUUUUGUACAUACACACUAAUACCUGCCACCACAUUGAUGAGUAUGAAUUACAGACCCCAGAAAUGGAUAGGCCUGUCUACAGUGACAGCUUGUUAUGACCAAGCAUUAAUUCAAAAAAUGUAGGCCUCCUGACUCCUAGUCAGGUAUGCUUUGGAUAACUCAAGGGGUCUUCAACUUUCCUGAAAGGUAGAUUCCACAUAACUGGCUCCUAAACCUGUUUUCAAGCACCCAUCAGUUAAAGGAGGAGGAGAAGAAAAUAAAUAAAUAUAUAUAUAUAUAUAUAUAUAUAUAUAUAUAUAUAUAUAUGUUGUAGGAGCUGAGAAAAGAGUGCUGUGUGACAAGGAGCCUGACUGGCCACCUUAAGCUCUAGUUAGCCUCUUCAAGCCUAUAAAAUACUUCCUAUUACUAAUAAUAUCUUCAGGACUGUUGGAUCUAGAGAGAUGCUCACCUAACACAAAGCCUAACUCACUUGGAAGCUGAGGAAGGGAUGGCUUCUUCUAUCUCUUCCUCCUCCUUCUUCCUCAUCCUUACUUUCACACAUUUUUUUCUCCCUCCUCUAGGAAAGGAAGGAAAGCAGGAGGGAUCUGAUGGAGAGAGUCUUUGUAAGUUUAAAUUAUAAGACAUUAAGCUACCCUCACCUCAGUCAAGUAGGCUGUAGUUUGCUGACCUCCUAUUGAGCAACAGCACACCCACGGAGCAACAGAAGAGCCAAAGGCAUUUUUGAUAAACCAUGACAUCUCUCCAGGGAUUAUUUGUAGUGGUUUACCAGCUGCAAACAAGGCCCUGGCCAAAAUCAAAGAGACUGGUUCUUUUCAGUCCUUGUUACCCACUUCAUCUUCUCCUUUGCCAGCAGAGCCUAAGGUCCUUGUGUUAGUUAAUCUGAUUCCUUCCUUCAGCUUCCCUUUUCCAAAAUUAUCCCUAUCCCUCCCUCCAGCUCCAGUUCAAAGCUGCUUUGCACUGAGAUAACUCUCUUGGAGUUGAAGUGGUUACAGCAUGGAGGCAUGAAUGGCCUAACGCCUUUAUGGCCUGUUUGCAUCUCAGAAGUGCUGGGAAACCUUUUUUAACAAGGGGACUUUUCUUCUUGCAGGCUCAGAAUCUGCCAUGUUCCCAGUGUAGCUAUACUCACUCCAACCCUUUCUUUUCUUUUUUUUUUUUUUUUAAGAGUUGGAGUCUGACUCAGUCACCCAGCCUGGAGUAUAAUGCCACAGCCAUGGCUCACUGCAGCUUCAAACUCCUGUCCUUGCAUUAUCUUUAGUCACACAUGUGAUGUGAACUCAGAAAAGCAAACUUUCUUCCUGGGGGAAAGAGAGGGAGGGAAUAUAGGUUUACAUAGUGAAUAAACCCCAGUGUGAUAGCAAAAGGCCUCUCUUACGAAAAUAUGGCACAAUAUUACUUUUUUUUAUAUAUGAAAAUAAGUUUCUAUCUUGGAUAGCCAGGCCCUAACAAGUAACAUUAUAAGAGUACUAUAAACAAAUUUAAAACCCAAAUGUUUUGUGGUAAGUGAGGGCUUCUACCUCCUGUGAACUCUGGACAUUUUGCAAAUUUGAAUAAUCAGUCAUCUUGAGUCUCCUCUGUUUUUAGAGUAUUGAGGCUCAGAUAGGACACAGAUUUUCUUCUAGGUCACCAAACUCAACAGCAGAGCUGAGUUUGGGGCCCUCAGGCCUCUAGGGAAAUCUAGCUGUUCUGUCUGAUCGUUAGGGGAACUCCUAAGAUCACCUCCAUGCACCCCAGCCAGCUUUUCUUUCUUCUGGUUGUUUAUCUGUAACAGUUGUUGCUCCUGCAAUCGUAGAAAAAAAAUAUUAGCACAAGAAUCAAAGGGAGGCUAUAGAGCAUUAGAGGAAUAUUAGCAACUAUUGAAAAGACAUUUGACCUAUUUCUGUAGUUAUCAAUUUAAUAGUGUUUGUUGCCAGGAAAUGCCCUGAUGGCGGGGUGGGCAGUUGGAUUGCACCAGCAGUCUGUUCUCAGAGGCCCUCCAGUUACAGGAGGUGGUAAUUCUAGUUAAUAAAAGGGUAAACUUCAAACACAUUUUAACCAAAUCAAAUUGUAGUGGGAAAUAUCAUAUUACUGAUGUUCAAGCUGACUCGCAGCUGGUAACGUUAGUCAGUAUAUAGCCCCCAAAUUCUGACUUUUCAGCCUUUUCAGAUGAGUUCCUGGCAGUGAGAGAGUUCCCCAGGCACAUUGUUAUGUAGGAAUAGGAGAUUUUUAACUAACAUAGGAGCUAGCAUAAAUGAAGAAUUUUUUUAUUCUCGUUAGACUUUUUAUAAGAUUGUCAGAUAUUCAAAUAAUAUGUAACCAAGCCAAACUUCAGGUUGAUAGGAAAUCUAGAGCCAGGAGUUUUAAUUUUUUUUGUUGUUUUGUUUUUUUCUGUGACAUGUUGGCAAAUGAUAAAAGCAAUUCACUCUGCUAACCAGAGAUGCUGGGCAGAAUUCCCCCAACACUGAUUUCAUGCCAUGAAAAGCACAUGAAGUCUGGCCUGGCAAGGCAUGGUGAGGAGCACAGGCUUUGUGUCCUCCUGCUCCAAUUUGAAUUCUAGCUUAGUCCCUGCUGGCUGUGUGACCAGAAGACAUUCACCUAACUUCUCUGAAUCUUAGCAUUCUCAUACAAAAAAAUGGGCAAAAUAUCAACCAUUCAUGUUUGGUAUAAAGAUCAAAUGAUGUAAUAUAUGUAAAGAGAUCCACGCAUAAAGAAAAACAGUGCCAAACAUGUACCAGGUGUUCAGAAGUGACCAUUGUUAUCUUCUUCCCUUUUGCUGCUAUUGUGUGCAAGGUUUUUCUUAAAAAUUUUUUCCCAAUAAAAUGCACAGCUUUUAAUAUGAUAAUAAAAGGAAACACUUCUGGAUACUCCACAGACUAAUCUAGUCAGUCUUCUUUGAGUGAAUAGCUGUUUGCCACCUCCUUUUGUCCCAGUUAAGCUUAGACUUCCCGUUAUUAGCCUCUUCCUGGAUCAUACAUCCAAAAGGAUAUAUGGGAUACAUGAUAAAUCAAAUAGAUAGCCCCCAGUGACACAGCCCUAAGUUGUAUGAGCAGUGGUGAGACAAGGGAUCAUAUCAGUAGCUAGAACCCUCCAUCUGUCUUCCUUACGUGUCCUACUCCACCUCACUUCGAAUCAGGAGAAAUGCCAGACACCUUUCUGUGGGAUUGCCUCCCACCUGGAUUCUUUUCUAAACUUUUUCCAUUGUGCCUGAGUCUCCGUUUUCACAGAGAUUAAUUCUGAUUUGAUUCGCCUAUACUUUUGAUGCUCUAAAACCUUUUUAUUGUGGGCAGGUUGUCUCAAAUACUGUAUUUGAGGAUGGAAAAAGAAAACAUUGCCCAAAUGUAAGCACCAUUGAAUCAAGGAAACAGUAGUUUUUCAAUUGCAUUAUUUGAGGAUCCAGACAACCUUGAAUUCCUUACAAAAGCACAUCAGUAAGGCUAUCCUCUCUCUUAAAAAGGCACAUACACACACACACACCAACUUCAGAAGGCUGCUUUUCAUAAGGUAAUCGACUAGAGUGUCCAAGAGGAAUACAAAAUGAAAAAGAUGUUUCUGUAGGAAGAACCCAGACCUAGAAGCCGAGACAUUCAAAUUCUAUUUUCCACAGCCAUGGGAACUUUCUUCUUAUAUGGAUCCCAGCAUAUCUGCCUCUCCCCAACUCCACUGUUACAUCUAGAGAACAUGGAUUCCAACUCAUACUCCUUAGGGGCUAUCAGGAAAUUUAUUUGUUGCUGUUUUGAAAGACAUUUUGACCCAUACCAAGAGCAUUUUGCACGGGCCAAGUAUUUCCCUCAUUUUGGAGGAUGAAGCCCUGAAUUGUACUUCCCAUCACUCUGGAAUGGGUAAAAGACUGAAUUUUCACACUGGUAUGGGAAGACAAUGAUGUUAUUAUAGUGCCAACUUCUAACAGGGUGUUAAUAAUCAUCUAAAAUAUCUAGAACUACUACAGACCUGUUGACCUGGUCCGUCAUUCAAUUGACUUCCACUUUUAUCCAUGCACGUUUUUGGUAAACAUUAAUUAUGAGAAAACCCAGUGUGAGAGGUGCUGUGGACACAGUGUGCACACCGCUCCCCUCACGUCCUAGCUAACCCUCCAGUCCCCUAAUGUACAUCGAUUGUAAGUUGACUUAAAAUUUAGUACAGAUCCUUUUUCUCUGUGCAUUGAGUCAUUUUAGUUUUCUGUGCAUUGAGUCAUUGUAGUAUGUCUAGAAAGAGAUGGUUCUAUAGCUAGGAGGAUUUGCUUCUUCUGAACGGCUAAAGUACCUAUUUGUGUCUCCUGUGGCACUGAUUACAUACUGUCUUAUACUAGAGCAUGUUUGUAUGUCUCAUUCCUCCUGCCACUGCAUAGUAAGCUUAAUAAAUAUAGAGACUGUACUUACACACAGUUAUAUCCUUCUUAACACCUAGAAUAUACCAUCAGAAAUAAAAGCUAUAGUAGUAAAUGUUGUGAUUUUAAUGAGUGUAAUUAACAAUGGCAUGUGAGUUUUUGGAAAGAAAUUACCUUUUCUGAAUUCAUAAAUUUCUACCCAGAGGCACAGAGCAUCACUCAGUUACAUCAGAAAAGCUUAAGGAUUUUUCUCCAGUUAUUACGUAAAUGUUUUAUUCUUCCCCACUCUUGACAUUUGCACAUAGUAGGUUUUUAAUAAAUUAUUAUUGAUGUAUUAAUUAAAAGUAUAGAAUAAAGUAGAGGUGUCCCACUUCUGUCUUUUAAAAUUGUAAUUUUGAUUCUCAUUUACUUCUUUAUCUUCAGACCUUGUCUAGUCCUACAACACAGAUAUCCUGGGAUUUCAUUCCAAGUGGUUACUGAAUUGAGCUUAGAAGUGGUCGUGACUUUUAAUCUGGUUUCUUUAUCAGUCUCCUUACAGGGCAGAAGGAAAAUCAAUUUUUUUUCUGUCUCCUCCUCUUCCUCAUAGGACUAUUAUAUAGUUGAAAAGGACCUAUAUCUAUGUAAAAAUAUUUUAAUUCCUAGAAUAAAUAUAGUAUCAGAUUCAUAAUGUCAGAUUGAGGAAGCUUUGGCAUCCCAGCACACCAAAUAGUUUUGUACACCCUAUUUCAAGCUUAUCCACAGACCAGAGGGGUGAGGAGUUUAUUACUCUAAGUUGUUAGGUUAGGUUCAUGUGAUCUGUACCAGCUACAUUAACUGUGACCUCAGUCCAAAUGAGGUAGCUGAUUUAAUAUGUCCUCUACAGCAACACAAAAGCUUCACUAUUACUCUCCGACCUGAUUAGAUGCUAAAUUUCAUCCACACAAAAUGAUCUGAAACCAGUCACCUUGGUGUUAGGUCACAGGAAGUGAUAGCAAAGAAUUCCAAAAUAAAUGCAUUAUUCCAGUUUUCCUUUGGUUCUUCCUCAAAGUCUGUCUCACAGCAGACUCGGAGAGCCAGUCCCUCCUCAGCUAGACAUUCUGUUGAGUCAUGUUUACUGUCCCCCUCAGAAAGGUUCCAAAAGCAAAUGCAAGAGGUUGCCGAAUGCAGGGACAUGUGGCGUGCAUGCUACUGAAGUGAGAGGCAUAGCACACACCUGCUUUUUGGCUGUGGCAGGCCAUCUUGACUGUGCCAUGCCACAAGUUAGCAUUUUGGAUGAGCAAUUGCCAUUCUGUUGUUUUCUUCUCAACACAUGGUGUUCAAAAACAGUUAAAAGAAAACUGUACCCAUUUGCUCAUCCCAGAAAUCUAAAAUUUCAAAGAAGCAUGCCAAAUUAAUUUUCACAUAAUAUUUUCCAAGCUUUUUCUUUGCACUGAGAAAUGAUAUUUCACUUUUUGAACUCUUAGUGUCCUGGCCUGAGGUAAAUGGGUACAGUUUCUCUUUAAAUGGCAUUAAACAUAUCAAAGCAGGAUUAUAUCUGUCACCGUCUUUUUUUUUUUUUUUCUAAUGGAAUCAAAAUCCUUCAGGGAGUGUCCCAAAUCCACAUUAAUGUCUUUGAGUGCUAAUGUUUCCACUGGGACUUUUACAUUAGCAAAAUAGAAGUGUGUGGUUUUCCCCCUCCUCUCUCUGCUGUCUGUAUAAGAAAGAGACAACUACCCAUCCGUUAUUCUCCAUGGCCUUCAGCUAACCCACGUCAAGGUGGUAAAAGAUGACUAGAGAUUUUUGGUGCUCAUGUUUUCUUUUCUACCCUUUCAUUCUUUUGUGCCACUUGACUGGAAAGCUACUGUGAAUGCUAUUUCCAACAUGGACAAAUCUUUGGAAUCCCAGCCAUGAAUCUUUGGAAUCCCAGCAUUUGGCCUGUUAAACAGACCAAACUGCAGCAGCCAUCAAUGCUGUUUUUACCCUUGGUUCUUACUGUGGAAAAAUUAGACAAAUACCCAGAACUUUAGGAUCUCACUGUAGCUAUUUUUGUCAUUAAUAUUGGGAUAUCAGUCAUGUGUCCUUUUUAUUGCUGACACUUCCCGUCUACCUUAAUCCCUCUUUUUUGUUCUUUAGCAAAGCAGUUCAAAUGGUAUUUUGUCAACUCUUGAUUAUCAAGUGUCAGUGGAAGACUACAAUGUCAUAGACAGAAAAUAAUUAUAAAUAACAAAUAACUUUAACAUAAUGAAUAAUUAACGGUCAUAGUACAUUUAAUCUUAGAAUGCACCUUUUUCAUGCAUUUGAAAAUGCUCUGGAAAAUUACACAAUUUCUUGAAUAAUUGUUUUUAUACAUAAUGUAGAAGGGGCUAGAAGUCUCUGUAGUGUCCGUCUCUGAUCCCCAUCCAGAGUUUUUCUUCUUUUGGCACCAUCCUACCUACUGAGGGCUUUGGCUCUAGAGCUGAUAGAGAGAACCAUCCGUGGAGAGCUGGGAGGUGUCUUGCUCUUGAAGCUCACUCUUUUCAUCAUUUCACUUUCUGGAGCACUCUGGAGAACUAUACUACUUCCUUAGACCCUCUUCCUAUCCUUCCUCCUUCUUUUUCUUCUAUACUUCUUCCUGCUUUUUCUGUUUUUCCUUUUCUUUUCCUAUCCCUUGUGAAACUAGUCGAGGAACGUGAACUGGGGUGUGUGUUUGUGUGGAUGAAGUGGCGCAGGGAGGAGGGGACUCUCCAAAUGCUCCAGCUUGCCAUGAGGAGAGAAACUCCAUGUUUUCAUUUAAACAGCUUUCCCCACAUCUAUACCUUCAUAUAUGAAAGAAAAAUUCACUUGUUUUCCUUUCCACACUUUACAGAAAACAAGGUAAGUAGAGGCAGUGAGAAUGCCAACCCUGGAGUUAAAAUGAAGCAGACUAUGUGCUCACCUUUAAAUAUUUCUAAAGAUAAAACCCUGUCUACUGGCAAUUAGGCCAGGUUUUUGUGGGUGUAGUGCAUGAUGUUUUCCUGGCAUUGAAAGGGUUCGGGGGUAUUUUUGUAUGUUUUUAGCAUUAAUUGCAUGAUAACUUUGCAACAUCAGGAAAAUGGUCUUCUAAAAUUUUUAAGAAAUACAUGAGUCAUAUGAAUUUUCUACAUUAAUAUUUUAUUUGGUGGAUCCAAUGUUAGUUUGCUCAUACUCGUAUAUUUAAACAUCAAGGUGGCAGAAAAUGUGUGUUUAUAUUUUAAUUGAUUCUGCACAUAACUUAGCACCAUAUAGUAGAUAUUCAUUAAAAAGAUUGCCAGUGGCAUUUAUUGUUGUUUCAUCUUUGGGUUUCUCUUUUCAUAGGCUUAUAGGCUUUGUAGAUGGACGAACUGGAAUUCAAAUCGGGUGCCAUGAAUUACUUUCUAGCUUUGUGUGUCUGGUCAAAAUACACUCUUGCUAUUCCUCAGUUUCUUUACCAGAAGAAAUGGAAGCAUAAUCUCUGCUCUGGAGGAUGUUUAUAAGGAUUAAAUGAGAUAAUUUCUGUAAAGAAACUAGUGUAGUACUGAAAUAUGGUAGGCACUCACAUGUUAUUUUUCUCCUUUCUUUUUUUUAAGAGAAAUGCUUGGGUAAUAUGACCACUUCUUUGGGCUUAAGCUAUUACUAUUAGUGAUUUUUCUCCAUAACCACAUUGCUUGAACUAAUUGUGUUCAUUAGGUUUUAGCUACUCAAUUUUUGUUCAUCUCAAAGGAAAUCAUUGUGCUUUGCCAUAUACUAAAAUACAACUGUAAGGGAAAUGACUUGGAGAUUAAGUACAGUCACCCCUUGAUAUCCAAUCAGCAAGGGCUUUGUUCCAGGAUUGCCCAUCCCACCCUGCCCCACCCCACCCCACAGAUAUGGAAAUCAGCAAAUGCUCAAGUCCCUAAUAUAAAAUGGGAUAAUAUUUUCAUAUAACCCAUGGACAUCCUUCCAUGUACUUUAAAUCAUCUCUAAAUUAACUUAUAAUACCUAAUGCAACGUAAAGUCUAUGUAAAUAGCUAUUACACUGCAGUGUUUUUUGUUCGUGUUGUUUUUCAUUGUUGUGUCAUUAUUUUUUAUUGGAGGGUUUUUUCCCCAAAUUUUCAAUUUGCAGAUAUAGAACCCAUGGAUACAGAAGGCUGGGGGCCAACUAUAAGAGUGUUGGAUCUGAAAAAAGCAUGACUUAGCAAGGUUCUCUGCCUUAUUCCUGGAUUCAUCCCCAUCCUCAACCUCAGUACCCUCUCAGAGACUGGGCAGAAGGAAAGCAGCAGAGAUCUCUGUUUCUGAGCCACUGUGUUAGGACAUUGAAUUUAGGAUAGAUUCUGAAGGGAAAAAAAAUCCAAAUGCACAGGACAGCUGAAAUCCAAUCGUUAGACUGGUACCAGAAACAUUCCAGAUUAUUUCCAGUGUCGAACUAAAAUAUAAUGCAAGGUUUAUGCCUUCUCUCAAGAUUCAAAAUUAAUGAUUGUGAUUUGUAUUAAUCCAAUCGGAAUUAGUUUGACUACUUAUUUAAGAGGUUGUAUUGUAGACGUAAAACAACUAUAUUGUUAACUCUUUUGAAACAGCACAAACUAUAUCUAAUGUUACAUUUUUUGCUUUUAUAAUACUUGCACAUAGAGUUUAGUAAAUGUUCGUUCACUGAACAAAUGAAUCUAGUCAAUGAGUUCUUGACCAUGAUAGUGAAAAUGCUACUGCACAGGGUCCUAUUUUUACUACCCAGCAAUAUAUUUUAUACAUACUCAUCUAUAUUUAUAGAUCUGUCUCCCUCCCUGUAUCCUUUUUGUGUAUCUAUACAUAGAUAUAUAAUUAUUUAAACAAAAUGCCUUGAAAGACCCAAUUCCACUGGAUCCCUGAGAGCCCAAAAUCUAUCUGUAGAUUCAUUACUGCUAGAAUUGCCAGCCACACAAUUAGCCUCUAUCGCCAUUGGCAAGUCCUCACUUUUCUCAUUUACAAAAUGACUAAAAGAUCUCUAAGGUAAGAAACACUUCCCACUCCCGAAUUCGAUUCUUUCUCUCUCGUGAGACAUCACGUAUCUUUUUGAGAGGUAUCCUAUUGUUUGAACUUGGCACACGUUUUUUUCCCUAAUGCAAGAAUCACAAAAGAAAUAAUUUGUGAUUCUACUAGGGGGCUGGGGACUUGUACUUGUUUUUAAAACUCUUCAGGGCAACCACUGGAUAGGUGUCUUUUCAUUUCUGUUACUUUAACACUGGGACUCAACAUGGUGGGGCCAGCCAGACCUCCAGAGGAGCCUGCCUGGUUUCUGUCAUUCCCCCACCUGCCCAAAAAAAAAGACUGAAAUCCACCCAGUUCCCCACUUCUGAGCACCUUCAGAGCACUUCCUCUUUAGUGCAGAUGAGGCCUGUCCCUCCCAGUCUAGCUCCAUAGAUGCUUUUCUGGUGUGCUUCAUGUUAAUAACAUAGUCUGCUUCCGUCAGCCUUACCAUUUCCGGAGUGGGGUGUUUCUUGGUAGUUUGCAUUUUUUUCUUUUAAUACCUGCAUAUUUGAUGUUGUGUCUGAUAGAGUCUGAUUGUCCCCAUUGUGAAAGUGGUUUUUAUGUCAUUAAUAUGUUGAUUUGGUUCAUAAAAGUGAGAGUAAACUGCCAGUGUGGUAUAGUACUUUGUUGGGGGGAAGGGGACUCUCUCUUUUAUUUUCUCUUCUUUUUACAGAAAGAAAAAGGCCUCAAAUUGUGCCUUUUGGAUUAUCUUGUUCUCUUUUUACAUUUGAAUUUCAAAAUCCCCUUUAAAUGAACAAAUCUCAAGGUUUCCAUACGACAACUGCCUUUGGGCGUGCCCCUCCCUCACCCCCAUGACAUUACGGCUGUGGGCACCUCUUCCUUUCAGCUCUCUGUGAAUAUUCUGUGUCCUUGGCCCUCUCCCAGAGUCACAUUGACAUUCAGACAACAACCUCUCCCUUAGUUGGUGCUCCUUGAUUGCCAAAACCAGCACUCUGCCUCUAUUGCUUUACCUCUGUAACAAUUACUCUGCACGUUCCUGAAGAAAAAUAAAGUUUUAACAUUUAAUUUCUUACACAAUAAAUUUUGAUUAACACCCAGGUAUUAGAUGUUGAUGAGUGCUGAGGGGAAGACCCAGACGGCAGACACCAAAUCUUAUUUUUGGAGACUAUUUACAGUAUAAAUGUGUAGCACUUGGUGGUGGGCAACUCUUGCGCAUUUGAAUAAAAGAGGAACAGAGUUGUUGCCUCAUGUGUGUCAGGACCUUCUCCUCUUUGGUCUGCAAUGCAGUCCUGCUUUGGCUUAAUUAAUCCAUUAAGCUUUAUCUUAACCUUAGUCAGUAAUGAUCGAGGGGCUCACCGGAGCCAUCUAGAAUGGGAGAAAUUAGAUGGAUAAUGAUUUUUGUGCUGAUGAUGUGUUCUGUCUUUUUAUAUAGUUGAUCCCGUGAGGGACAUAUUUCUUUGGUGUAUUCCUGCUGAUGUUCUCAAGACAGAUAUAUUACAGAGAAAUAAAUCAGACUGUGAGACUUUGCUAGUGUCUAAUUCUUGGUGUGUAAAUUUCGUGUUUUAAAAUCAAAGCUGUUUUUAAAAAUACAGUUUUAUCAAUAUAAUAUUAAACAAUCAGGAGAGUGAGAGAAAUUUGGGAAACUCUCAUUUUGGUAUUAUUUCUUAUUACGUUCAGAUGUUGCUGUGGAAUAUUUAUGUUAAUAGUCUUCUGAUUCCUUCCUCCUCUAUACAGCCACUCUCUGUUCCCUGCCCCAAUGAACAUCUGCACUAGGCCCAAGCCUUGGAGUGAUUUACCUGAAGAGUGACACCAUUUAUUCUGAAACUACUAUGAGGAAACUGAAGCCCAGAGAGGUGAAGUGAGGUGCCCAAGGCCACACAGCAAGUUAGAGGCACAGCUAGUACCGUAGCUCAAGUCUCCUGACUCCCAGUCCAGUGCUCCUCCCAUUACUCCACGAGUCCUGUCUCUAAGCUUCCUGACAAAUGCUAGAACGGAAGAAACCCAAGACAGCUGAAAACCAGAAGGCAUCUGAGGAGAAUGAGAUUACUCAGCCGGGUGGAUCCAGCGCCAAGCCGGGCCUUCCCUGCCUGAACUUUGAAGCUGUUUUGUCUCCAGACCCAGCCCUCAUCCACUCAACACAUUCACUGACAAACUCUCACGCUCACACCGGGUCAUCUGAUUGUGACAUCAGUUGCAAGGGGAUGACCGAGCGCAUUCACAGCAUCAACCUUCACAACUUCAGCAAUUCCGUGCUCGAGACCCUCAACGAGCAGCGCAACCGUGGCCACUUCUGUGACGUAACGGUGCGCAUCCACGGGAGCAUGCUGCGCGCACACCGCUGCGUGCUGGCAGCCGGCAGCCCCUUCUUCCAGGACAAACUGCUGCUUGGCUACAGCGACAUCGAGAUCCCGUCGGUGGUGUCGGUGCAGUCAGUGCAAAAGCUCAUUGACUUCAUGUACAGCGGCGUGCUACGGGUCUCGCAGUCGGAAGCUCUGCAGAUCCUCACCGCCGCCAGCAUCCUGCAAAUCAAAACAGUCAUCGACGAGUGCACGCGCAUCGUGUCACAGAAUGUGGGCGAUGUGUUCCCGGGGAUCCAGGACUCGGGCCAGGACACGCCGCGGGGCACGCCCGAGUCAGGCACGUCAGGCCAGAGCAGCGACACGGAAUCUGGCUACCUGCAGAGCCACCCACAGCACAGCGUGGACAGGAUCUACUCGGCACUCUAUGCGUGCUCCAUGCAGAAUGGCAGUGGCGAGCGCUCUUUUUACAGCGGCGCAGUGGUCAGCCACCACGAGACCGCGCUCGGCCUGCCCCGCGACCACCACAUGGAAGACCCCAGCUGGAUCACACGCAUCCACGAGCGCUCGCAGCAGAUGGAACGCUACCUGUCCACCACCCCCGAGACCACGCACUGCCGCAAGCAGCCCCGGCCUGUGCGCAUCCAGACCCUAGUGGGCAACAUCCACAUCAAGCAGGAGAUGGAGGACGAUUAUGACUACUACGGGCAGCAAAGGGUGCAGAUCCUGGAGCGCAACGAAUCCGAGGAGUGCACGGAAGACACUGACCAGGCCGAGGGUACCGAGAGUGAGCCCAAAGGUGAAAGCUUCGACUCGGGCGUCAGCUCCUCCAUAGGCACUGAGCCUGACUCGGUGGAGCAGCAGUUUGGGCCUGGGGCGGCGCGGGACAGCCAAGCUGAACCCGCCCAACCCGAGCAGGCUGCAGAAGCCCCUGCCGAAGGUGGUCCGCAGCCAAACCAGCUAGACACAGGCACUUCCUCUCCGGAGAGAGGCAAUGAAGUGGAGAUGGACAGCACAGUUAUCACUGUCAGCAACAGCUCCGACAAGAGCGUCCUGCAACAGCCUUCGGUCAGCACGUCCAUCGGGCAGCCAUUGCCAAGUACCCAGCUCUACUUACGCCAGACAGAAACCCUCACCAGCAACCUGAGGAUGCCUCUGACCUUGACCAGCAACACACAGGUCAUUGGCACAGCUGGCAACACCUACCUGCCAGCCCUCUUCACUACCCAGCCUGCGGGCAGCGGCCCCAAGCCUUUCCUCUUCAGCCUGCCACAGCCCCUGGCAGGCCAGCAGACCCAGUUUGUGACAGUGUCCCAGCCCGGCCUGUCGACCUUUACUGCACAGCUGCCAGCGCCACAGCCCCUGGCCUCAUCCGCAGGCCACAGCACAGCCAGUGGGCAAGGCGAAAAAAAGCCUUAUGAGUGCACUCUCUGCAACAAGACUUUCACCGCCAAACAGAACUACGUCAAGCACAUGUUCGUACACACAGGUGAGAAGCCCCACCAAUGCAGCAUCUGUUGGCGCUCCUUCUCCUUAAAGGAUUACCUUAUCAAGCACAUGGUGACACACACAGGAGUGCGGGCAUACCAGUGUAGUAUCUGCAACAAGCGCUUCACCCAGAAGAGCUCCCUCAACGUGCACAUGCGACUCCACCGGGGAGAGAAGUCCUACGAGUGCUACAUCUGCAAAAAGAAGUUCUCUCACAAGACCCUCCUGGAGCGACACGUGGCCCUGCACAGUGCCAGCAAUGGGACCCCUCCUGCGGGCACACCCCCAGGUGCCCGCGCUGGCCCCCCAGGCGUGGUGGCCUGCACGGAGGGGACGACUUACGUCUGCUCCGUCUGUCCAGCAAAGUUUGACCAAAUCGAGCAGUUCAACGACCACAUGAGGAUGCAUGUGUCUGACGGAUAAGUAGUAUCUUUCUCUCUUUCUUAUGAACAAAAGAAAACAACAACAAAAAACAAACAAAAAAGCUAUGGCACUAGAAUUUAAGAAAUGUUUUGGUUUCAUUUUUACUUUCUGUUUUUGUUUUUGUUUCGUUUCAUUUUGUACUACAUGAAGAACUGUUUUUUGCCUGCUGGUACAUUACAUUUCUGGAGGCUUGGGUGAAUAAUAGUUUUCCCAGUCUCCCUCGGAUGGUGGCCUUAAGGCCUGGUAGUGCUUCAAGAGGUCCACUGGUUGGAUCUCUAGCUACUGGCCUCUAAAUACAACCCUUCUUUACAAAAAAAAAUCUUUUAAAAAAAAGUAAAAAAAAAAAAAAAAAAAUAAAAAAAAAAAAAAAAAAAAAAAAAAAAAAUCCACAUGUGAAGAGCACUACAAAAAAUAUAUAACAAAAUCUAAAAGGCCUACUGUCUUUAAGUACACCGCUUGCAGUGUUUCAGUGGACAUUUUCACAAUUCUGGCCGCUUGGACUUCACAGUAACCAGUUAAAACUGUGGAAUAUCACUUCUGGUUGAAAAUCCAGAGGAAAGGCCCUGCUGUUUUCCGCCUACCACGUUGUCUGAUUUCAUAAAAGGGCUGUGGGGGUGGGAAGGGCAGUGGGUUCAGUGGUGUGGGAAAGAAAGACGAAUGGCAGGCUUCUCCCCCAGAUUCUGCCCGGGUCCACACACCCUGGCCCACCUUCUCCAUAUCCCCCCUUGCAGCAGAAGCCAGGAAGACUUGGACAAGCAACAAGCAACAGUGGCUAUCGUAUUUAUUCAGUGUCUUCGCUGAGCCACAGCCUCAGCACAAUCAAGAGGGACUUUCAUGAAAGGCAGGAAUGCAGAUAAAACAAAGAUAUCAGAAAUUUGCACCUAUGUUUUUAGGUACAAGAGAAGGAUUAUUUCCAACAAUCUUUGCAAAAAAUAAGUGUCAAGAUAUAUUCUUGUGGAAGAGAAAAAGAAAGAGAAAUGGAGGGUGGGGGGAACAAUAAAAAGUUCUUGAGGCUUUUUUAAUUCAAAAUUUUAUAGAGGGGCAAAAGUGACGUUUACCAGAUAGAAUGCUGAUUUUUUUAAUAUAUUUACAACAGUAUUUGUGUAAAAAAAAAAACAAAAAAAGUGAAAUUGUUAAAGGUAAUUUUUUUUCAUCUUGGUUUUGCAUACACUGCCACCAAUUCCUUCUCUUUUAUUUCACACACAUAUAUAUUUUUUGGUAAGUCAAGACUGUUAAGGUUAGCGAUACUGCUUCCAGAUAGAAAGAAUAAAAGGCAACUAAAGUUAUAUUUGAAAGAGAGGAAGGAUAUUUUCUUCAUAUUUUUUUUAAUUUUUCUUAAUUUUUAUUAUUUUAAGUAUUGCCUGGGUUGAUGAGGGCCUCUGUGGCCAGCCCAUCCCUGCUGUAAUUUGAAUUGCUGCUUUGUAUUUUGAUAUGUAGUUCUUUGACUUUAGCAAGCUUAAGUUGUCCCACCGAAUAAUUUUUUCAACUGAUUCAUCUAGAAUUCUUUUCUUUUUCAUGGAAGAGACUGUAUCUUUCAGAAAGAGAUUGCUUGCUUCUCCAAAAUUUCAUUGAGAUCUUACAAUUCUAGAAUUUCUAUUGAUUUACUUUUUUUCCUUGGUGAAACACUAGUAGUCUAGAAGUCUUGAUAAAUGGGGUCUUUUCUUUUGUGAUCAGCCAGGAAGAGGAGUUCACAAAACUCUGCCAUAGCUCCUCACCCUUCCCAACUACAAAGAGCGUCAUUAUGAGAAGCCUGUUACAGAUCAAGAUGCAUUGAUGCCAAAAUCACUUUUUUUCUUUCAAAUAUCACCUUCUGACUGUUUCCACCAUGGUUAAGAGGGCUAAAUCAGAUGAUCAUUCUUUAGAUGACUAAUUAACCCUUGCUUCUUGGAAAGGUUUUAGGGAAAUUAACAAAAAGUUCCCAGAUGCCAACAUCCACCAUUCAAAAGACCACCAAUCUAUUGCAUCAUACCAGAUGCCACUCUCUCUCCCUAGUUGGGAUUUCUCUCCUCGGUCCUGAUGAAGGUGUUAUAAUAGAGAUAUUUUCUUUAUAGACAGUGUCCUGAAGGCAUUCCAGCUCAAAUAUAGGAAUUCUUAAACCUAGCUAAAACUCCCAAAGUGAUUUCAUUUCUGGGCAUAUUUUAACACACUUAGGGGAAAGCAAAUCUUUAAACAAAGCAAAACACCAAACUACAGUUUUAAAAAGAAGAAAGGAGAGAGUAUUUUAGUUUCAAAAUUACAUUGCAUUUUAAUUUAAUUUUCCUUCUAAUUUUCCUGUCAGCAUUUUAUUUACAAAAACUGUGCAGCAAACGAGAGAAAAUCUUCCAACACAAACAACUCUGUAAUGACUAAAUUGGUUUUAUUCAUAUAUUUUAGACAUUUGGUUAACUUGGAUCUUUUUCAUAAGUUCGUUGUGAUGCUUAGUAAGGUUAGUGUAACUGAAGUGUUUGUGAGUUUGAUUUGGUCCCACAGUGCUGAAUUAAGUGGGUAUUUUGCUACAAGUUUUAAUGUAAACUUGGGUAGUUAAAUGACUAUUGAGUAUAACCUAUCAUGAUUUCUAAGAGGAGUCCUACCAAUAACCAUGUGUCCAAAACGGACCUGUUUUAACAGUUAGUGAGGAACAGCUUCCAAAAUAAAGUAAGUUCGUUUUUCUAUUGCUAAUUUUGCUUUUCAAAAUAGCAGUGUUGUAAGACUAAUAUUUCCAAUUACCACCAAUAGAGGGAGCAUUAGUUAAUUAACUGUGUCAUGGAAUUGUUUUGAUAUUUUGGAAAACAAGUGAUUCCACCCAUAAAAUAAAAAGAGAAGAUUGACCUUAAGAAAAAAAACUCUUAAAGCUAGAAGGCAAUGACAUGAAAUCACUCAAUACAUGUUACAAAUGAAAGAAGGCCAAAAGCCACUUUAAAAUAUUUUUAACUGUUUAACAGUAGUGGAUUUGAAAGUGUCUUUGUUCAAAUUUAGCGAAGUAGGAAGAAUUUUCAUUAAUACCUCCAGAAAAGUUGAUCUUAGGUGCCAUUAUGGGCCACAUGUAGCUAUCUGUUUCUCAAAUCUGAGGGAGACCCAUUUGCCUUAAUGCUGAUUAGCCAUGUAAAAUGCUAAGCAAUUGGGUUAGAAUCCACCUUUUCUUUUGAUAGAACAAAAGAUAAAGAAAAAGCUGCAGGUGACUUGAAACCCUAAGGAUUCUGUCAUCCUUUCCCUGUAAAGGAAGUGUCUCUUAAAAAAAAAAAAAAAAGAGUAGGAGGAUCCCUAAAGAAUUCUUAACAAGGUGAUAUAAUCAUUGUAGUCCAUGACAAAAUGGACCAGUCAGGUUUGCAUAGCAGUGGACAUAUUCCUACUGCAUAUUUAUCCUUCCCAAACAUGUCACAUUCUAAAAUAGCUGACAGAUCAUUUUGUGGAGAAAGGAGGAAGCUGGAUUGGAGUGGGAGAUCUAAUCUAGAGGAGCCAAAAGGUAGUUGUUUAUUGCCAUAUUCCUGGCCUGUCAAAUGGCCACUUUCUAAACUGACCCACAUUUUAGGAAGUAAACCAGUCUGGACCUGUUUCAAAAGGAUAGAGAUGCUUUUAGAUUGUCAAUUCUCACUUUCAAAUUAAACAAUCACAAAUAUCUUUGGAAAUAGGGAAAGAUAUUUUGCUUCAGAAUCAGAGAAUUAGUGUGGAUCUUUUUAAUGUUUUGGGUUUUUUUUGUUUCAUGUCCUACAGUCAUCUUACGUUUAGACCUUCAUGCUAGGAUGAUAUCAGUGCUAAAAAAAUUUCUUUUCAAUAGCAAGAAAAAAGAUAGAUAAGAUAAAAGCAGCUGUUACAGAUUUAAGACUUCUUAGGAUGAGUACGAGGAAGAACUAGUUAGAAAGGACAUUUUUGAGCAAUUUAUAAUUUUAAAAUGGAAUUUGCCAAACAAGGGAAAGGAGAAAAAGUCAAAGGAGAAAUUUUUUUUCUCAAGAUUUUUAGAUACAAUUUAUUAAAAAAUAUUAUUUUCUAGCAUUAAAAACAUUGGUAUUAUCUCAGCAUCGUGGGCAAUUUUUUCUUAUUAAAUGCCAAUAUUUGUACAACAAAGGCCCCCAAAUGUGUGAAAUGUAAUCUUAAAAAAAAGUAAUAAUUGGAACACAUGGAUCUGAUACAACUCUACACAUGGGGAAAAUCUGAGAAAUAAGCUAAGCAGAAAAAAAAAAAUCUGAAAUGAAAAUCUCUGUAUCAAAAUGGUUUCCUGUAUAUUUUAACUGAGCGGUAAACUUUAGCUCCUAGUAACAGUUUUAUAGCCUGUUCUCUUCCCAGAUUCCUAAUGCUUUGACUCUAUUUGUGCCAUGAUUAAGUGUGCUGGAUAAUUUCCUGCUCAUAUUCUAGCUCCUAGUCAUCUUAGAAGUCAUAGUAGCUCUUGGCCUUGAAAGACUUGGGUUUGCUUUGUUUAAAAGUCCUAGGAGUUUUAUUUUGUAUCACCAAAAUAUUCUAUAAGGUCUCCAGAUACUCUUUUUCAACCCAUGAACAGUAAGAAUUUGUGAAUUCUGAUAAUGAAAAGAGAAAAGUUUUCCUCCAGGUAUGUUUGUUUCACAUUCAGUCCUAAAGCCUUGAGUUACGUGUACUUCCCUCACACAAGCACACCAGCAGUCUAUGCUCUGCCCAUGCCCAAAACUCAAUGGUUUUUCUCAGCACAGAAGUCAAAAAUGAGAUAUGCCCCUGAUAAAACCCCUUCGAUUCCUGAGAAAGCAUAAUAAAGGCUUAUAUCGCUUCCUUGUUGAAGCUCCUUCAUAAUACUCCCAACACCCGUGACCCCUGCGAAAACAGGGCACAAGGUAGAUCUGCCCAGGAGUCACAGGAUAAACACCCAUUCUGGAGCCUUCCUCUGUUGUUCUAGAAGAUGUUAUUUGAUUAGUUGGGGCUGAGAGCAGGGGAUAUAUGAUUCUGCGGAAAAGGUAUCAGAUCAUCAGAUCAGGCCUGCCUCAGCUAUAGCCAGUGUGCUGCUGCAUCCAAAGGUAACAAAGGGAAGGUGCAACGUAAGAGCAGACACAACCUGAGAUGCCCCUGAGAUUUAGGAGAACAGGAUGGUGCCCUUUCUGUUGUGACCUGACUCUUAAAAGAAAUCUUCUAAAGGAAUUCUUUAAUUUGGUAAUGAGUUGAAGUCCAGGGUAAUGGAAGCUCUAGGGCAGAGAACAAAAGAAUUGCAAAAAUGUAUUCAGCACCAAACAAUGCUAAACCAAGAAACAUCCAAUCACAAAAGUAGGAAGUUUGGCAAGAAGUAGUUAGAGAAAUCUCUGAGUUUUUCCAUGGGUAGGGUCGACAGACUCUCUUUUGAGUGAUUUCUGGCUCUGAGAAACCUCUUUACUCACUAGAAAAGAACUGUAUUUAAAUGGCCAAUUUUUUUCCUCAGAAAAAGAAAUUAAAAACAAAAAAAAAGAAAAAUAGGACACUGAAGACAGAACCAUGUGACUUGGUGACAAACAAAAGGAAGGGUGCACUAGAAUUUCAAUAGGCUCCCUAAUUCCACAGAAAAAGCAAAGCAACCCAAUGCCUCCUGAACCUGCAGUGCAUGAAGAGAGCACUUGAGCUGACCCAGCCACCAGGCUUUCUGGGGCUAGACAUAACUUCCCACUGGAACAGCAGCAGCUCCUUUCCCCUCUUUGUGUUUUCAUGAAGAAAACGGUUGUUCUCUUAGGUACCCAGGAAAUAGAUUACAUAGGGCAAACUUUCCAAAGCUAUCUCUACCCUGGUGCUCAGGCUGCAUAUAGAGGCAGAAAAGGGGCAUAGAAGAGCUCUUGCUCUUGAGAGAGAAUAUUUUCAUAUUCCCAAGGGCUUUCUGUGGAGCGUUGCUAUUUCUGAUGCCACUUAAACCUUUACAAGAGAAAAGGCUGUGGUGACUCAGUGUUCCUGUAAACUCAGAAUGUGAAAAUUACUAAUCCAAAGCAUCAUUUCUAGCACUGAGUAUCAAGAUGAUCAGCCUGACCAAAAUACUUCAAAGACUCUUCUAAGUCUCUGAAGAUUUUUUUUCUCCUUCAACACUGAGUAUAGCAGUCAGCAGUGUACAUUAGCAGAUCCCUGAGAAUGAUUAUGGAAUAGUAGGGCUUGUUUCCAUGCUUUUUAGAGUGAAGAGGUAGAAAAUGAGGGCUGCAUAGUGUGGGUUCUUUUUCAGAACUAUGUAUUUUCUCCUCACUGAAUGAGGAGUAAAAAUGGCCUGGGUUGAAACAAGAAACAUUAUCUUUCCACAGCACUGACUAAAACACCUGCCAUUCCAGUGGUUUCCUAAGGCCCCACCUGUUGCUCCAUAAACUGUAGACUUUCAGACUGAAAUCUAAUCUUAAGUGACCUCAAUUUAGGUGUUUUCACAAGAGGCUACUUAUUGUAUAGCAUUAUUGCCUUAAAUCAGAAAGCCUUGGGAAGAGGACAAAUGAUACAGAAAUGAGAAGGCUCUGAAGAUACAGGCAUUUCUUGCUGUUUAAUAGUUACAUUAUCACAAAAGUAAGCCCUAUGUGUGAUUGAGGACUAUGGAAAUAGUGACUUCUUGGGGAGGCACCAAACUUGUCUAGAACUGGUACUCUCAGAUAGUGGCUGCUAUUUCCUAUUCUAUUUCAGUGACGUAGGUUGGGGCUGAAUGUAAAAUAGACAUCAUAUUACUAAAUAGAAUCCUAUAAAAUGUAAUCACAGGUGCCUGGGAAUACUAGUUUUAAACGUUUCCUUAACAAGGAGAACAAUCCCAGCAAAAAGCUUUCUUUCCCCAUACAGUGUAUAUCUGUAAACUUUUUUCCCUCAGUUUUAGAGAGCAUCUCUUUUAUCUGGUGGUUCUUUGUUUAAAUGCAAACUCAUAAGUUUCAAGUCUUCAGUGAAAGAUCAUAAUCUACAGAUGAUACUCUACAGAGAAAAAUCUAGCCACAGUCUUGAGAGUCCAGGCUUCUGGAAUGCUUAAUGAGGGUAUAAAAGUCCCUACUAACCCUUUUUCAAAUUCAGAGAUUUCUUUGGUUCAAAAUGCCUCAAUGAGAUUUUGAUACAUCCAAGAGA